AUUUUUCCGCUGGGCUAACAGGUUUGAAGAAGCUAAGCGGCUUGCUCGAGGUCGCUUUCCUGGGAAGUGGCAGAGCCCGUCCUAGAGCCCGGGACUGCUCCUUUGCAGUCCCCCCGGGCAGCCCUUCCUUAUCCUCGCCGGGGCGCAUUCUGGUGAAGCCUGGGUGGGGUCCUUACAGUCCGGCCCGACGCCCCCAUCGGUGGUGUGGUCCGGCUUGCUACACUGAAUGCCACCCUGCACAGCCCGGGUAGGGGUUGAGUGAGGUCUUAGGGGGGAAAGUUCCACCACCUUCCACUGAGUCCGAGAAAAGGGGCUAGAUAAGACAGAGUUACAAUUAAUACAGCAUCAGUACGUGGUGAAAGCAAAGUACAUUCCGUGUGGGCAGAUUCUGUUAGCCUCGUUUAGCCUCUGGUUUAAUAGAUGUGGAAACAGGUUCAGAGACAUUAAGUGUAACUGUCCUAGGUUUACAGAGUUUGUGGGUGGAGUGAGGAUUCCAACCUAUUUUUCUCUGCCUUCAAAACCUAUGUGUUUUAUAUGCUGCCAUGUUGCGGUUUUUUGUUUUUGUUUUUUUCCAGUUUACCAAAAUUUCUACUUCCGUGGUGGCUGCAUGGUGUAGACCAGUCACUCCGGGAACAUGGGCCCCAGACCAGCAAUAUCAGGGUUAACUGAAAACAUGUUAGAAAUUACAUUGCUGGGCACCACCUCAGACCUACUAAGUUUGAAACUGAGAGGGGAGCCCAGCAUUCUGCAAUUUAACAAGUCCUCAGCCAGCAGCCUUCGGUGUGGAAGAAUGGCAGUGAGCCACUCGGUGAAGGAGCGGACCAUCUCUGAGAACAGCCUGAUUAUCCUGCUGCAGGGCCUCCAGGGCCAGGUAACCACCGUGGACCUGCGGGAUGAGAGCGUGGCCCGCGGACGCAUAGACAAUGUGGAUGCUUUCAUGAACAUCCGCCUGGCCAACGUCACCUACACAGACCGCUGGGGGCAUCAGGUUGAGCUGGAUGACCUCUUCGUGACGGGCCGUAACGUCCGUUAUGUCCACAUCCCAGAUGAUGUGAACAUCACAGCGACCAUUGAGCAGCAGCUGCAGGUCAUCCACCGGGUGCGCAACUUCGGCAGCAAGGGCCAAGGCCGGCGGGAAUUUCCCUCCAAAAAGUAUAAAUGAGCCUUCCCCUCGGCCAGCUCCAGUCCCCACUCAGGUUCCUCCAGAGUUCUACUGAGCCAACCGCCUGCUCCCCUCCCUGCCCAGAGUCUGGAAAGAGAGCGGGCCCGGCCCAGUCACAGCUGCCUUUCACAGGGUCCCGUCUCCUAGACUCACUCUGGGAUCCUACUUACCUGUCUGUGGCCUUGAUCAUUUACGUCGGAAUCUGAUUUACUGAUUUAGGGAAUCUGCCAAAUCGUUUUCAGCCCUCUCCCAGUGAGGGUUCUCGAGUGUACUCAGCCUGAGCCACCCCUGAGCGUUCCGGUUUCUCACAAUUGUGUUUGCUUUCUCAGAAAACUUGGAUACAAACAAGUCCGUGCCUCAUGCUUUCCCUGAUGUGUGCUGGGCUCCGUGUGGGUCCUGCGUCAUAGGGCAGUGGUGCUUAAAUGUGGCAGCACAUUGCCAUCACCUGUCCCACCAUCAGCUAUUCAGACUGGUAUUGGGUGUAGCCUGGACAUUGGGAUUCUUUUUAAGUUUCUCAGGUGAGGGGUGCUUGGGUGGCUCAGUCGGUUAAGUGUCUGCCUUCGGCUGAGGUCAUGA